UAACAGCAGGACCGUGGCAUUCCGUCCAAUCAGCACAAAGAGAGGCGGGACUUGCUUUCGCUCGAUGUUUCAGCACCCUGGACAGCGGCUCGCACUCGACUGCGGGAGAGAUUUUGGGUGCGGGUCGAGCGUACUCGCCUCUUAUUCUCCCAAAUUACUCAUAAACAAGAGAUAAAGAAGGGUAUUUCAUAGAAAAUCUUCUUCUGGUCCUUUAAUAUUAUGUCCUUCUGAGUCAAUUUAUGAUCAAUUGUCGACGUUGGCUGGUGGCUGUGCGCUGGUUCUCUGCAGCGUGUCUCUUCUGCGUCUGGGAUCCCAAACAACAAACGUUCAACGUGACUCUUGGCGUGCACAGCUACUGACUCUCGCGGAUAAACAGGCAGGCGUCUGUCCACGUUAACGCUUUUUUCAUAAAUUAUACUUUAAUAUGUUUCUGACAUGGCUCACAAAAAUUCUGAUUAGUUGGAUGCGAAACCGUCCUGCGUAAGUAAUAUGAAGUUUCUUAGUUCGUUACCAGCCUGGUUCAGGCAUUAAUGCGCACUAAACCUCUUUCGUCUGUUUGCCCAAAAUCAAUCAUUUACUUUUCGUGAUCUUCAACCCUCCUCUGAACGAUGAGGUUCUUCUACGGCGUUUUGUAUUGCACAUAAAUCCCUCAAAGGAAGAAGAGAAAGCGCAGUUUUGCCGUCUAAAUUCGAGUUGUGAAGCCGCAUCAUAUCCUAUGCCGUUUUAAACGUCUCUACGGCACAUUUUGAGAUUGUCCAAGAGCAACGUCGACAAACGUACAAACACGAGGAUAAAGAUGAAGAAGUUCCGGAAGGUUUUGGACGGGCUGACGACUUCUUCACCCAUCAAUCCUGGUGGAUCUCCAGUGUACGGCAGUGCGGCCGGGACCCCCAGUGCGGCACCGACACCGCGGGAGCUGGACAUUCAGGAAACGCUGAUGUCAGAGCACUUUCAGAUCUGUAAGACGGUGCGUCAUGGAUUCCCUUGUCAGCCCACAGCUUUGGCGUUUGACCCGGUGCAGAAGAUUCUUGCCAUUGGCUCUCGUUCUGGAGGAGUACGGCUUCUGGGACGACCAGGAGUGGAUUGCCAUUGCCAGCAUGAGAGUGGGGCGGCAGUCCUUCAACUGCAGUUUCUCAUCAACGAGGGGGCGCUGGUCACAGCCUGUGCAGAUGACACGCUGCAUCUCUGGAACCUGCGACAGAGACGUCCGGCAAUCCUUCACUCUCUAAAAUUCAACAGAGAGCGCAUCACAUUCUGUCAUCUUCCGUUUCAAAGUAAAUGGCUGUACGUGGGGACGGAGCGUGGAAAUACACACAUAGUGAACAUCGAAUCCUUUGUUUUGUCUGGAUAUGUCAUUAUGUGGAACAAGGCUAUAGAACUAUCAACAAAAACACAUCCAGGGCCUGUUGUUCAUUUGAGUGACAGUCCAAAAGAUGAAGGAAAGUUGCUGAUAGGUUUUGAGAGCGGUACAAUAGUAAUGUGGGACCUGAGGUCCAAAAGAACCGAAUUCAGAAUAUACUAUGAUGAGGCUAUUCACUCAGUGAGCUGGCAUCAUGAGGGGCGUCAGUUUAUGUGCAGUCAUUCUGAUGGCAGUCUGAGCAUGUGGCAUUUGAGAAACACAGCCAAACCUUUUCAAGUCACCUUUCCUCAUGGCAAAUCCCAGAGAGAUGGAAGAAAAGAGUCUUGUAAACCCAUUCUUAAAGUCGAAUACAAGACUUCCAGAAACAGUAGUGAAGCUUUCGUCGUGUUUUCUGGGGGUUUGUCGUAUGAUAAGGCAGGACGAAGACCCACCCUCACCAUCAUGCAUGGUAAAGCCAUUACAGUGUUAGAGAUGGACUACCCAAUUGUGGACUUCAUGGUGCUCUGUGAGACGCCCUAUUCAAACGAGGUUCAGGAGCCAUAUGCGGUGGUGGUUUUGCUGGAGAAAGAUUUUGUUGUGGUGGAUCUAACACAGAGCAAUUUUCCCAUCUUUGAGAACCCGUACCCCAUGGACAUCCACGAGUCUCCAGUUACGUGCACGGCUUACUUUGCCGACUGUCCCCCUGACAUCAUACCAGUGCUUUAUUCCAUAGGAGCCAAACACAAAAAGACAGGCUACAGCCACAAGGAGUGGCCAGUCAGUGGUGGUACAUGGACUGUUGGUUCGCAGACGUAUCCAGAGAUUAUCAUCACAGGGCAUGCAGACGGAUCGAUAAAGUUUUGGGAUGCCACAGCGAUCACACUGCAGAUGUUGUAUAAGCUCAAGACGUCAAAAGUUUUCGAGAAGCCAAAAAGUGGAGAGAUGGGGCGUAGCGCCGAGCUGGUGGAGGAAGACCCUUUCGCCGUUCAGAUGAUCAGCUGGUGCCCGCAGAGCCGUAUCUUCUGUGUGGUUGGCAUCAGUGCCCACGUCAUCCUAUAUCGCUUUAGCAAGCACGACGCCAACACCAUCAUCACAUCCUUGGAGGUGCGACUACAGUGCGAUAUGGAGGAUGUGAUUUCUCCGUCUGAUACUGAAAACACCCCAUGUUUUUCGGACCCCAGCGGCCAUUCUCCCCAACCCCAGCCCCCAAGUCCCCGCAGCAACACACCGGACAGUGUGCGGGACAGCAUUCCCUGCCUUAAGGUUAAAGAUCGUAUGAUUCGAAUGCCUCCCGGAUACCAGGCGGAGCUUGUGGUUCAGUUGCUUUGGGUCGACGGAGAGCCACCUCAACAAAUCACCAGUCUGGACUUAAACUCCGCCUAUGGCCUGUUGGCUUUUGGUAACUGCAAUGGUUUGGCAGUUGUGGACUACCUGCAAAAAACUAUUCUUCUGUGUAUGAGCACUGUGGAACUGUACGGAUCUGCAGACCCUUUCCAAAGGCUAACACGCUCUCCUCGUAAGAACCGUCAGUCCACAUCAGACACUUGCAUGCGUGGCCUGUCUUACUUUUAUUCAGAUUCAAAGAAACGGAUCCGUACUUCUUACCAGAGCCUUACAGAGCUUUCUGAUAAUCAGGUAUCUUUGGACCUGGAAAGGAGCAAGUCACCCACCUCAGCACCCUACUCCCCUUCCCUGCAUAAUGACCCACGAAGCACAGGAGAACCUGUGUCUAACCUCCGGUCCUGCCACUACAGUCCUGUGUUUUAUCUCCUAGACAAUGUAAAGGGACCAGGCAGAAAGUUAAGUCUACCCACAGAUCUUAAGACUGAUCUUGAUCAUGUGAAUGGACAUUGCACUAGCCCCACCUCUCAGCCCUGUCCUUCUGGGAAGACCAGAGUCCCGGGGGGCCCAGAAGGUGCACGCCUUGCCCGCAGAGGGCCCGGCCGACCACCCUUCCGCAAGGCCCAGUCCGCCGCAUGCAUGGAGGUCUCUUUGCCUGUGUCCUCCCUCACCGAAGGUUAUCCGUCCCGACGGGCCAUGUUGCAGCAGUUACAUGGAGUCAGUAUGUACUCUCACGAUGAGCAUCACAUCACCAGCUACUCCUGGAGCGAGAGAGAGAGUCGAGAAAACUCGUUCAGUCGUUCACGGAGCUCCAGUGUUUCCAGCAUUGACAGGGAAACUAAAGAGGCCGUGACCACCUUGCAGUUUGCAGAGUCGUACGGGCGUAAGUCGGACAGCCUGCCUACGCCCUGUCUGUGGGUGGGAACGAGUCUGGGCCUGGUGCUCAUCAUCCCAGUGUCCAUCCCUAUGGAUGAGGAGGAACGUCAGGAAGAGCCAGUUACUGUGGCUCCAACUGGAACAGUUUUAAUGUUAAAGGGCUCAGUUUUGCGGUUUGGCUUCCUUGACUGUGGGGGCGCUUUAAUCCAAAAUCCCUACGAGGUGUGGCGGGACCUUCAUGCCCCAGAGGACCCAGAUCGACCUCGCAAACGAAAGCUGGUCAACUUCUCACCCUCUUCCUCUCAAGAGGCCUGUGGAGAUGGUCACUUAGCUGUGGUGUGUUCGGAGAGGCAGGCCAAAGUGUUCCUCAUGCCUUCCCAGGCGUGUCUAUACGUGCACAACAUCACCGAUUCGUCCUUUGUGUUGCGUGCCGAUGUGGUGUCCGUUUGCAACAGCGUUUGUCUGGCCUGUUUCUGCGCCAACGGACACAUCAUGACUCUGAGCCUUCCCAGUUUACGACCUCUGCUAGACAUCAGCUACCUGCCGCUUACAGACAUGCGCAUUGCCAGAACCUUCUGCUUCACGAACGGAGGACAGGCACUGUAUCUGUGCUCCCCUACAGAGAUACAGAGAAUCACUUACAGCCAAGAGAUGUGUGACAACCUACAGGAGAUGUUAGGGGAACUCUUUACACCCAUUGAGACCCCCGAGGCUCAGAACCGUGGCUUUCUUAAGGGCUUUUUUGGCGGCAACGCCCAAACAUUUGACCGAGAGGAGCUGUUUGGCGAGGCAGCGGCAGGUAAGGCAUCCCGCAGCUUGGCCCAGCACAUCCCGGGACAGGGUGGUAUGGAGGGCAUGAAGGCUGCAGCAGGCGGGGUGGUGGGAGAUCUGGCACGAGCUCGUAUUGCCCUGGAUGAGAGAGGACAAAGAUUGGGCGAGCUGGAGGAGAGAACCGCCCAUAUGAUGACUAGUGCCGAAACCUUCUCUAAACAUGCUCACGAGCUGAUGCUGAAAUGCAAAGACAAGAAGUGGUAUCAGUUUUAGACAAUGCUGGGUGAUGGUGCAUAUUGCUCUUCUGCCACAAGAGUGCGCUACUCUGGUACUUGGACUUUCACAAAGAGAGCACUUCAAGGAUGGACAGAGAAUGACAUAAGGGCUGGUCAGCCUCUCUUCUGUCUGUGUACAGGAUUGUCUUACAAUGAUUGGUUUAAAAAGACUAACGCCCCAUUAUGAUACGAUGGACGUGUACCAUUUACAAGUAGGGGUUCCAUAAUCCCACGCUGUAAAUCCGACUUCAUUUAUGUACAGGGGUUGAUUUGGGUCUCCUUACAAGAAUCAAAUUGGCUCAAGCUGUGUAGAUACUUUGAAAGUUACGAAAUCAACAAGGGUGCAUGAAACAAAAUGGAUGACCUAUAAAAACAUAAAACUGCCAUAUUAAAAAGCAGCAUGUUACUUUAAAGGAAAACUUUUAUUUAUUAACAUAAGCCAAUAAUAGAAACUAUGACAAAAAACUUUAUAUUUUUUGAAAUAGCAAACAAAUAUAUAUAUAAACAAAAACUAUACCUGCAUUGCUAUAAGGCCAAAAUAUUUUGUUUUUUGAUGACUCCAUUCUUGUUUCGUUCAGCAAUGUAUAUUUUCUGAAUAUUUACCACUUUGUCUUGUCAAAAAUUUGACUAAUUUAUCCUCCCUUGUGUAACCCAAGUCAUCGCCAAGAUAUGAGUUUUCACAGUUCUUACAACCGCAGGUAAACAGCAUCGUACCUAAACAACACCAUGACGCCGAGUCACAAACGUAACAACAACACAACGUUUUUCCGUUUUCUUUGCUGCUAGCUCGCAAAAAAGCACCACAAACAACUUUUUAUUCAGUCUCAAAGAAGUUACUUCACCCUCCCCUAGAAACGAACGACAUGAAGUGAUUUUAAAAAACGUGGGUAGUAAAAUGUAUUUGGCGCCAUGUGACAAAUGUGUGUCUGUAAGGUCCUUUCGGAGCGAGUUUCUUUCAAUAAGCAUACAGUAUGUAAUACGUAACGUGCCAUAUUCUAGAUGGGUGAAGUAUCUUGACUGUAAACUAGCGAUGAAUUAACUCUCGUCUGUGGUUAAUAUUCUGGGCUCUUACCUGUAGAUACGACAAGCCAGCCAAACUCAAGUCAAAAUGGUUGGCUUUUCAAUAAUUUGUUUUUUUUUUAUUUGUCAUGUUUGUUAUUCUUAAAAGGAUAAAUUUCAGCUGGCCUGUUAUUUCAGUUUGAUUCUAGUCUCUUUGGUUGCCUAAGGGGCACAUGUAACAAAGAUUGUGCUUUGUUUUGUACCUCGCUGAGAACGAGUAAAUGACCUCUUGUUUUCUCUGCCAAAGUUUGAAUUGCAUUUGUGGAGUGAUUUACCUUCACAUUCCAGUACAAGAGACAAUUUUUGUUUCUUCUUCUCAAUAUAAUCUCCAACAAUGUUUUAUACUUUACUACUGUAUUGUCCGACGAUUGUUUACUAGUGUAUUCUGGUUAUCAUUUGAAUGUGGAAAUGGUGUUUUAGAGCGACCAGUGGGCGUUACUGAUGAAAAUUCAUGUUUUUUGAAUAUGUGUUUGGAAAGAAUAAGCAGAGUGAGUCACCCUGCAGUACUGAAUUAGUGUUAAAUGUAAGCAAAAUCUUCCGGAAUUGUAUUUGAGACUCAUGUUUUGUUUUUAUGAUUUGUUCUUUGAUGACCUCAUACCUUUUAGUGCUUUACUGUAACAAACUCAGCAUCUCUUCCGUAGUCCAUGCCUCUGCCCAUUUGGCUUUGUAAAUACAAGCUGCUACACCGUGACGUAAAUGUUGUGGAUUGACAAAUUCAAGGCUCACGCAGAUACACCUGGGCUCUUACGCAAUAUAUUUUUUUGUUCUCAUGUUUUUAAGUUUGAAAUAAAGCUCAUUACUGUACAAGUCGGGGGAAAGACGGAUGUUACGAAGGCAUUGCAUGCGUGGAGAGUGUGUAAUUGGACACGUGACCGCUUAAGUCUCCAUAAUGGUCAGCCGAUCAGAAGCCAAAACUGAAGGAAAGGUCUGCCGAAGAAACCUGUGGGGUUUACUGUAGUUCAUGUUCACUAUUAUAUUUGUUUCAACAGAUUAUCCAAUAAUUCUCUUUAGUGUCAAAAAACGAAUAAAAAACUGACUCUCAAAGACAGGGUGUUUUGUUUGUAUGUUUUUAUAUGAAAAUGUAAAGUCCAUCUUGGGGGAUAGUGACAUGGUCAUUAAACUAAAUUAUUGACAAAUGUAAUUUGGAUAUUCCUCCGUGAAAGCUGUACCUGUUGGUACCGUGUCUGAUAUUCUGACUGAAGUUCUGUAGGUCUAACUGUAGUUUCCUCCAACCCAACAACACCUGGACUCUGAUACCUUCAGAGAAGGCAGCAAUGUCUUGUUUAAAUGGAUAAUGCCACCUUUCAUUCCUAUAGAUAUAAUAGUGUUAUAGAGGUUAUUUCAAAUAAAAUGGAAAAAUAUGUUGAUGCAAAUCAAAUUGAAAUAAACACUGAUUGAUGUACAC